AGAACUAUGUAUGCCGUGUGAAAAGUAGGGAAUUAGCUAGGGAAACUGACAAAUUAAUAAUGUUACAUUGCUAUACUGAUAAUAAAUAAAAAGUCUGAAUAUCAGUCUUACAUUUUUUGCCCGCUGGUUUCAUCGUUUGAUUCAGAUCUAGUGUGAUUGAGGCAAACAUAAUAGCUAAAGCUAGUUAGCUAACGUUAGUCAACUUUUGGCUAGCUCUGCUAGCUAAUGCUACAAUGGUACAUCAUCAAAUUUACUUCUGUUGAAAUGGGACAAAACAACGCCCAGAAUACAUUUCCAUACACACAACAGCUGUUAGAAACUGCUACCUGACAGAUAUAGCUAAACUAGCUGUGGUAGCUACUAGCUAGCUAACUAUCUGCUAAUAGUUCAUUCAAUUCAGUUGAGAGGGGAUGAAACAUUAGCUACCGUAACAUGUCAGUUACAAUACUAGCUCAGCACUGGAAAUAAAACAAAAUGAUUUCUGUCAAACAGUUACCUUGCCAGCUAGAUCAGUCAACUAAAGAGUGGCCAGUUUCUGCUCUGCUUGCUUUUACAACACAUAGAAAAUUAUAACACAGACAGCAGCUGCCUCUGUUCAUAUCUCCCAUUUUGGUCCUAUACGCCAGCCUAUACGCCAUGCUUUGUAGUGUUUGCAUGGUCCUAAAGCACAGCGGAGCUGCGUUUUGUAUCACAGUGCAAUGAUAAAACUGGGGGGGACAUGUCCCUGGUGAAAGUUAUGCCCCUGGCAGUGCCUAUCAAUUGUCCAGGUUUAUGGCUGCUUUCCCACUCUGUUGUUAUAGAGUGGGAAUAUAUCGUCAUUCCCAAACAUUCUAUGAUUUUAUGAAAACGUGAGAAUGACCAUAUCUCUCUUGUCAAUUUUUUCUUUUUUUAAGGUGUCAUGUUCUUCCUGGGAUGUAUAUGAGCAGAUUUUAAUAAGAUUUAAUUUUGCUAAAAUGCUGUCAGUUCCACUUUAAUAAUGGAACACUGGUCACUUUAAUAAUGUUUACAUACUGUUUUACCCAUUUAAUAUGUAUAUACUGUAUUCUAGUCAAGGCCAUCCUAGCCAACUAUUGCUGUACAUAUACUAUUCUAUCCUUCAGAUAUACUACUUAUUCUAUCCACAUUGACUAAAGACAUUUCAGCUUUUAAUUAAAUGAAUUAAUUUGGAAAUUUGGAAAUUUCUAAAAACAUAAUUCCACUUUGACAUUAUGGGGUAUUGUGUGUAGGCCAGUGACACAAACUCAAAAUGUAAUCCAUUCAGGCUCUAACACAACAACAUGUGGAAAAAGUUAAGGGGUGUGAAUACUUUCUGAAGACAAUGUACAUUACUUUCAAUGCAGAUACCUGGGAGGCCUAGAAAAAUGAUACAAGGGAUGGCUCCAUAAAAUAAUUAAAAUAACAUUAAAAUAUAACCAUACAUAUGUGUGUGUCACAUAUGCACGCUUUCAUACAUGUAUGUCUUUAUAAUCAUGUGAUUCAUAGACUUACUGAAAGCAAGUGCAACACACAAAAACGAAAAUGCAAUAUUGAUUGAAUUUAUUUGAUACAAAAAAGGGCACUUCAGACAGUGACGCCUCCACCUACUAUUUAAGAAAAUCAUCAAGGUUAACACAAAUCUUGAAAACGUAGUUCCAUUGUUGUCCUUAACACUUCUCUGAAGUCCACUGAGUGAAUAAAGCAACCUUGUUUCUACUUUUUACAGUUUCCACCCGCAAUGGGUUUCCUGGGAUUCGCAAUGGGUUUCCUAAGAUGUAACCUCUUACAUUUGUAGGCCUUUUGUUAUAUAGUUACCACUUGCCAUGGGUUUCAUUAGGUAAACAGCAACAUGAAACAUCCAGGCCUUGAAUCUUGAGCCUUGUUACAGUCUAUCGCCCUUAACGGGUUAGUUGAGAUAUAGUGUAAUGUGUAAUAGUCUACCGCCCAUGACAGGCUAGCUGAGGUAUGGACCUACUCAUAAAAUGAACAACAUCCCCAUGAAUCAGAUAGUGGUUAUAAUAUGAACCAGAAUCAGAUGGGAGUUUACCCAAGGUCCUUGGUUCCCACUGAGGCCUUCACCUCUGUCACCGUGAUGAGCGUACAUUUUUUACCUUUACUUAACUAGGCAAGACAACAGACAUGAAUGAAGCACACUUGAAUGGUGUGUAGUUUCCUUCCUCUAAAGUUUCUACUUUAUGGUUUCCACAUCAGCAACUUGUCUUACAUUUCCACCUUCAUUCCCCUACACCACAUUCACACAUUCACACAUAUCAGUAUAUACUUAGGUAUCAACUCAAUGAGAAAAAUAUGUACAUUUAAAAUAAGAAUACACACUUUAUACACUGAAGCCUUACAUUCCAUACAUCAAUAAUACUUUGCCCAACUGAGGAAAGGCCCUGAUAUCCUAAUGUCAUUGCUCAAAUGUUCUUUAAACAUCCUGAGAGGUUGUUACAUUGGUUAUUCAGUGUGCUGAACAGAGUAUCAUAUCAAAUGGAGUCCUUACUCUACUGAGGCCUUGUUUUCUGAAGUAGGCCCUGAUAUACUCAUGCCAAGGGCACAUCAUAUCUUUAACUUGAACCCAAACACCAGAUGUGCUUGGGAGGAAAAUGCUACAAGCUGUUUAGGUCAGAGAUGUUGUGAUGUGCUGUUUAACUUAUUUUUUUAAAGCAAAUGUUGCUGCUUUUGUUGCUUGCUUGAGUGAUUUGUGAUUCCAGGGAGCUCCAUGCUAUCAUGGCUCUAGAUAUUACUGUGUGUUGCUUUGAAUUCAUUUUGGCUAUAUGGACUGUGAAGAGACUUCUGGUUUCAUGUCUUGUGGAAUAUGAAUGUGUUUCAGAGCUGUAUGUUAGUUGAUUGAAUAGACUGUUUUUAGUUUUAAACACAUUCAUAUUUCUUACAAAAACAAGAAGUGAUGCAGACAAUCUCUCCUCUACUUUGAGCCAGGAAGGUCAACAUGCAUUUAGUUGACAUUAGCUCUAUGUGAACAAUAAAGUGCAAGAUGUGCUGCUCUGUUUUGGGCCAGCUGUAGCUAGCUUUAGUAUGUAGCACCUUUAACACAGCCUGUGUGUCUAUGUAUGCUUUUGAUUCAACCCUUUACACGUCAGCGGAGAGUUGCAGUUAGUUUCAGAAUAGGUGGUCUGUAAUAAAUGAGUCCUGAAUAUAUCUAAGACUAAGAGCAUAGUAUUUGGUACCAAUCAUUCCCUAAGGUCUAGACCUCAGCUGGAUCUGAUAAUGGGACAUCUCUCCUAUUAUGAUAUCAAUAAAAUAAAUAGUGUGUAUGUGUUGUACGGGUUGUAAAGAUGAGCUGCAAUAUUAACAACAGUAACUAGAAGAAUACAUGAGUGAUAUAGAGGUCUGUUCCUGGCAGUCUGACUCAUACUGAUGUCUGCAUGGGAAUGGCCUUGGUACUGGGAACAGUCUGAGACACACACCAACGUGCACUUGCAUGCAACAAACUCAAGUACGCUCACACAUGCACACGCACACAGCGGCCUGGCUGUCCGUAACAAAGUGUUUCCUUCCUCUUUGUGCAUGUGCCAUUAAAAAGGAGCAGGGCAAGAGUGUGUGUAGAGCAGUGUUUGUAGGCGGGCCAAAGAGAAGUGUAUGAAAUGUGUCAUGCUGGCUGGCUGACUGGGGGCCGGACUCAGGAUCUCUGCCUUAUAACAGUGGGUGGGAAGAAAGGAGCUCCCUCCUAUUGAUAAGGAACACAGUCAGGACUGCCAGUCAGACAAGUAGACACACUACUCGCACACAUCAGAAUGGAAAGACUGGUAGACUGUCAGGUAAACCUACAGAUGGACAAACAGGCAGACAGACAUAUAGACACCAAGGUGUUCCUUCCUGGGCCCCUCUCACCAGUAGCCCUCUACCCCUGGUUCAGGUGUGUGGUUGCCUUGGUAUCAGUGAUGGGGCUCGUGAUCAUGGCUCUAUUCGUGGGGUUCUGCAUUGGGUUCUACACCCAGAGAACCACACAGGGAACUGGACAAGCAAAUUGCACAGAGAAAUUAAACAAGACCUUCAUACUUCAAGAGGGCAAACCGUCAGAAGAUGAAACAGACGAAUACGACUAUGACAUCUUCAUCGCCCCAAAGGACGCCAUCUAUUUCAUCCAUGGCCAGGUGACGAUGGCAGAAGGGAAGGGGAAAGUCUACCUGUUUUGGAAACUCAAAAGCAGCCGUAAGAUCAAAACCAACAACGGAACCUGCCCUGAGAUCACCUUCGCUACGGAGGUCAAGUUGUUGAAAGGUGGUCGGGUUUAUCUCGUCUUCAACACGGGCAAACCCAAACUGAAAGAGAGCACUUUCUCAGUCUACGAGCUCGUCGAGCAGUGACCGGACUGAAACAGUACAGUCUACGAGCUCGUCGAGCAGUGACCGGACUGAAACAGUACAGUCUAGAAGUGUUAUGCCACACUCUGUAAGAUACCGUUAGAGUUAACAAAACAUAAACAAUGGAGCUGAUACAUUUCUACACGCAACUUAAAAUCGUAACGUUUGCUUAAAAGAAUCGGACAGUAAAUACUGGUACAUUACAUGCAUACGUGUUCACUUGUGUACAAUAAUUAUACAUUGAUUGUACAAAACAUUAGGAACACCUUCCUAAUAUUGAGUUGCACCCCCUUUUGCCUUCAGAACAGCCUCAAUUCAUUGGGGCAUUUAAUUCUACAAGGUGUUGAAAGCAUUCCACAGGGAUGUGUCAAGUUGGCUGGAUGUCAUUUGGAUGGUGGACCAUUCUUGAUACACACAAGAAAAUGUUGGAAAAAAAACCCAGCAGCGUUGCAGUUCACCCUCUGAAUGGCACACAUACGCAAUCAAUGUCUCAAUUGUCUCAAGGCUUAAAAAUCAUUAUUUAACCUGUCUUCUCCCCUUCAGCUACACUGAUUGAAGUGGAUUUAACAAGUGACAUCAAAACGGGAUUAUAGCUUUCACCUGGGUUCACCUUGUCAGUCUAUGUCAUGGAAAGAGCAGGUGUUCCUAAUGUUUUAUACACUCAGUGUAUGUGUAUACUGGUAUCGUUAUUGUAUGUUAUCAGAAUGUUAGGGGACAGGGAAUCCCAAGAAAGAAAUGCAUACCGUAUAUUUUCUACAAUAUUUUAGUUGUAAAACGUAUUGAUCAACCAGGAAGUUACAAAGUGAUUAAAUGUAAUAAUAAGAUGGUGGAAUAUCAUUGUAUGUAAAUAUGUUGUCUAUGUAAUUAUAUUGUGGUCCUCUGUAGGUCAGUUGGUAGAGCAUUUUUCUUGCAAAGCCAGGAUAGUGGGUUUGAUUCCCAGGACCACCCAUACUAAAAACAUAUAUGCACGUAAGUCGCUUUAGCUAAAUGGCAUGAUAUAAGAGGACUCUUUUAUUAUCUAAGGAAGUCUGAUCUUGCACUGUAUUAUUUUAACCCAGUGCUUUCCCUGUUAUAGUGAAUGUUCUGAAUAUUUACUAUGCUUUGGAUCAAAUAAAGUAUUUCAUAUGAAAAAACUGCACAGCCUCACAUCAAA